GGGGGAUUCGUAACGGCGCCGACUGGCGCUUAUGGUAGCCGGAGUGGGUCAAAAGAGUCGGUGGUGAAGAUCGGAAAGUUUUAAAAAAAAGAAAAAGAGUUUUAAAACAGGAGGGCCUUCCCCCUCCCCUUUCUCACCUCCUUGUGACUCCGGCGUCCUCGGCUGCAGCCCUGUGCAUGUCGGCACAUGAGGAAGUCGCAUGGAGUUCAGUGGGUGUUACUUCCAGUAGCACAGAUUAGUGUCUUUCGAGACAGUGAUGGCUUUUCCUCUUGAAUCUGAACAUGGAGGCCGCAGGGACAGAUGAAGUAGAGAAAAUAAAAUCAAAGUUUAUGUCUGCAUGGCAUAAUAUGAAAUACAGCUGGGUGUUGAAAACAAAAACUUACUUUAGCAGAAAUUCUCCUGUCUUUUUGCUGGGAAAAUGCUACCAUUUCAAGACUGAGGAGUCAAGUGACACGUCACCAAAUGGGUCAAGUUAUGAUAUAACAGAUGAAGGGAUUUCAAGAAAUGUGGAAGAGUUCCGUAAAGAUUUUAUUUCCAGAAUAUGGCUGACAUACAGAGAAGAAUUUCCUCAAAUCAAGGGCUCAGCUUUAACAACAGACUGUGGCUGGGGCUGUACCCUGAGGACUGGCCAGAUGCUUCUAGCACAAGGACUUAUUCUUCACUUUCUUGGUAGAGACUGGACGUGGCCAGAUGCAUUUGUCAUUGAAAAUUCAGACUCUGAAUCAUGGACAAGUCACACAGUAAAAAAGCUCACUGCAUCCCUCGAAGCAUCACGUACAGGAGAGAAAGAAUUCAGGAACCAGUCAAGCCACCACAAGCAAGCCCCAGGGGGGAACUGGGGGAACAGAGAAAGGAGGGAUGAACACUUUCAUCGAAAAAUAAUAUCGUGGUUUGGCGAUUCUCCACUUGCAAAUUUUGGCUUGCAUCGCCUAACAGAAUAUGGAAACAAGUCUGGGAAAAUAGCUGGAGAUUGGUAUGGGCCAGCUGUUGUAGCACACCUUUUGAGAAAAGCUGUUGAAGAGUCAAAAGACCCUGAGUUACAAGGAAUAACUGUCUACGUUGCUCAAGAUUGUACAGUUUACAAGUCCGAUGUUAUCGAUACGCAGUGCUCUUUCGCGGAUUCUGAAAAAUCGGAUGCCAAAUCUGUCAUCAUAUUAAUUCCCGUGAGGCUGGGAGGAGAAAGAACCAACAUGGAAUACCUAGAGUUUGUGAAGGGGAUUUUGAGUCUUGAAUACUGCAUUGGUAUUAUUGGUGGCAAACCUAAGCAGUCAUAUUACUUUGCUGGAUUUCAAGAUGACAGUUUGAUUUACAUGGAUCCUCAUUACUGCCAGUCUUUUGUAGAUGUCAGCGUAAAGGAUUUCCCCCUCGAGUCAUUCCACUGCCCUUCUCCAAAGAAGAUGUCUUUUAAAAAAAUGGAUCCUAGCUGCACUAUAGGGUUAUAUUGUCCAAAUGUGCAAGCCUUUGAAAGGGCUUCUGAAGAAAUAACUAAGAUCCUGAAAACCUCAUCUAAGGAGAACUACCCUUUGUUUACCUUUGUAAAUGGGCAUUCUAGAGACUAUGAUUUUCUGAUGAGUCCAGUCCUGGAAGAGAGAACCCUUUUCUCUGAGGAUGAAAACAAAAAGUUGAAAUGUUUUAGUACUGAGGACUUUGUCUUGCUGUGAGGACAUUUUAUUGUAUUUAUUCAUUUGAAAUAUUUAUGCCCCAUCUUUCCACCUGUCAGGAUCAAUAAUGUGGCUUAACAUUUAAUAUUAAAAACAACAGAUAAAACAGUUAGCCAGCUUAACCGAAAACAUCAAUUCACAGAAAGAUAGAAAUAAAGCAAUACAAUUAUCCAGGUCUGCUACUGAUGAUCAGUUCCACCAAUGCGUUUUCUAAAUCCCAAAAAUUUGGGGAGGUGGGGGAAGAACAAAAAAACCCCUCUUGGAAGGGAAUCCCACACUCUAGGCACCACAACAAAGAAGACCCUGCUUUGCAUAGUUAGUCUCAACAUUUCUCAGGGCAGGGGAGUCAGAGCCAAGUUUCUAGCUGUGGUUCAAGUGAAGCCAUUGCACCUCCUAGCAGUGAAUUCUAGGUGCUGAAGAUUCACACAUGGGCUAAUAUGUACUGUACUUUACCUGUCUGAAUUGCCUGAGGGAGAAGCAGACAGGUGAAGCAAGUCCUGCCCUGCCCCCCCCCCAAUCCCAUCUCAUGUAUGAAGUGGCAUCAAGUUGGGAUAUUUUAACUAUCGUUUGGACAGCCCUUCUUCUCAUAGCAAACCCACAGUGGUGCAAGAGGUGGCCCUACCUGAAGCAGAUGUAUGCUCCUAGGUGUACAUCUAGGUGUGGUUUAUCAGUUUGCUUUGUGCUUGAUGGGAAGCAGUAGUCCUGGUGCGUGUGAAGUCUUGGCAUACCUUCUUGCCCUGAAAGCAACACCAACAUCUGUAAAGGUGUUGUUGGCCCAGCCUCAGCAGCUGACUUAUUCUCUAGACGUUUGGAUUUGUCCACCAAGCUCGCCAUGCCAUAGUCUUACCUGCUGUGGCAGUUCCAGAGAACAGUAAGAUAGCAAUUUCCCUUUGAAAAUACAUGUGUUGCGUUCUUCAGGUUUCAGAUUUUGCCAACGUGUUUUUUUUAAAAAAAAACACCCUUUGUAAAUUUAUUAUUUUCUUAGAUUUUCUUAGAUAGUUGAUGAAUAAUGAAAUGAUGUGCUGGUAAAGGAAUAAAUCAUUGUUUCAGUUCAAAUAUGGUAGAAUAUUGAAGGUUAUGUGCCAGAGUUACUUUAUGGUUUGCAGUGUAAUCUAAACAUUCCCUAUUCAAACCAGUUUUUUGACAUUGACGCCACAUAUUUUUGGGGAUCCCUGAUUCAGAGUAUCUGUGGUGAACUUCAUUCAACCCACUAAAAGGCAGCCGGACAUGUGAGGUAACUUAUAUGGCGAGUUUGCAGUAUGGAUUCAAAUCCAUUGAGAACAAGUAUUUAGGAUGUUGUCUUAAUUUAAGAUUAAUGUGUAUAAAGAGUCAGCAAAUAAAAAUAUUAGUGUUACUCUGUCUGAACUCCCAUAAUGUUUAAUAACAUAAUCAUGAAGUGCCACUUCCAGUGUGCAUCUUGCUCAAAUGUGCAUCUAUUUUUUAAAAAAACAACCAGUAAUAUGGAUGCAAUUGUGAAAGCUGAGCUAUGUAAGUGCAUUAAGGUGCUGCUUAGCAAUAUUACCUUAUAAUGGCUAGUCAUUAAGAUCAUAGUGGAACCUUAAUAAGAAGAGCUAAUACAGUAUUGGCUUCUCUCACAAUUUGAAAAGGUAUGUUACCAAUAAUAAUCUGCAGCCAAUCACAGUAGACACAAACAGUUAUUACACGGGUGCUGUGUGUUUUGUUUCCUGUCUCCAAAUACAAUUUGGAUUCUUAUAAUAUUAACACUGUAGCUUGUAAAUCAAAGCAUAUAACUGCAAGGUGAGAAGUUAACAGCAGACACGCAAGGGGGUGAUGAUCUGGUUUGUGAUACCUCUAGCCACUGAUGUACAUUUAGAAGUACCAGUCACUUAGCAUGUAAAUCUCUAACAGCAGGCUUAAUUUCAGCGCAGCAUAUUUUAAGUGCACACAAAUAAUAUGGGGAAGAAAACUGUUGCUUUCUUAAAUGUGAAAAUAUUAAAUGCUCAUGCCUUCAUUUUAAAAAUGUAUCGUUAUUCCUGGGAUGAUUCCCCCCCCCCCCGCUUUCUAAAGAAACAAGCUAUGUAAAAUGGCCUGGCUAUUGGUUCUGUUUGUUGUAACCCAACAUUCUGCUGCAGUUGUCUUGUCUGAAUAAUAAGCUUCCUGUACCUCCUUUUUACAAGGAUGACAAAAAGGACAGUUUAUAGACAAAGCACAAAACUUAUUUGAACUCUGCCCAAUACAGCUAAAUGGGAAACUUGCAAGUCGAAUGAUGGCUCAUUCAGUGGCAAAAUGUUUGGGAAGUCAUGCAGUGCAAUCUUUUGUGGAAGUAAGUUCCAAUGUGUUAAGUGUGGCUUACUCUCUAGUAAGUGGUAAGCAAAUCUAAUGCACAAACGUUUUAUUGGUACAUGACAAUAAUGGUAGUGUAUUAAUUGUAGUAGAUCUGUAUAUACAGUUGUAUAUUUUUCACUAAACAGUACAAAAGAC